AACGAGACUCAUGUAAGAGCUGAACUCAGUGUCUCAAAUCUGUCCAAGCACGAGUCCGCUACGUACCAGUGAUCCCGACAGCCUUUACAAGCCACACCAUGAGUGAAUCUGCAGAAGCUUUGGCUGCCGCUGUCGAAAGCCGAAGGAACGUCACCAUAGAGAUCACUAACCUCACCAACAACUACUGCCUGAUUGACCCUAAGCUUUUCCUGGAAAGUGGCAGCUGCCGCAGCCCCCCACAACCGACUGUACGUCCACAAAAGACUGAAGUGUGCAACUUCGGCAAGGGCAAAGCCAAAGCCACUGGGGCAGUGGGCGUGCUGACCUACGACCUGUUCAAGAAGGAGCUCAACAGAGCCGAUGAGACACUCGCUAUAAUGUUCUCUGUGCCAUAUGACUAUAACAUGUACAAGAACUGGUUUGCCUUGGGAAUCUACAAGAAGGGCAAAGAGUGCAAUGAGAGCCUGUUCAAAGAGAUGUAUUACAACAAAGAGCAGGUGGGAUUCGUGCGGGUGGAGGCCAAAGGCUCCGACCUCACCUUUGAGGGCGGGAGCCUGGACAUCAAGGGUACCAUGUCCCCCCUGGGCAGGGCCAUCAUGAAGGUGGAGAUCUGGGACAAGCUCUUCACUCCCCACAUGCAGCAAUCUUACUGAGUUGUUGAUUCAUGUUUGUCAGAGUAAACCUGCUUGAAACACCACCGUGUAGCCAAUUGUACACCUGUGCUACUGUAUUACCUGUAAAUGCAAUAAAUUCUUACUAGUCUGAUGUGAUAAAA